AUGCGCUUUUUUAUUGUCGCCGCCGUUGUUGGUACUGCCAUCGCUACCAACGGCUCCAAAGAAUGUGCAAACAAGUGCACCACCAAGUGGGAAGCUUGCAAGGCCGCUCUCAAUGCAAACCAGUCCUUCUGCAGCUCUGAUUAUACCAGCUGUCUGGGCUUUAGCCCCUUCAGCAACGGCUACAUUAAGCCCACUGCCUGUUCCAGUUCUACUGCUGAGCCCACUAGCACUAUCUGCUUCGACUGCUCUGCUCCUACUGCUGAGCCCACUAGCACUAUCUGCUUCGACUGCUCUGCUCCUACUGUCAAGCCCACCAGCACUAUCUGCUUCGACUGCUCUGCUCCCACCGCCGAGCCCACCAGCACUAUCUGCUUCGACUGCUCUGCUCCCACCGCCGAGCCCACCAGCACUAUCUGCUUCGACUGCUCUGCUCCCACCGCCGAGCCCACCAGCACUAUCUGCUUCGACUGCUCUGCUCCUACUGUCAAACCCACCAGCACAACCUGCUUUGACUGCUCUACGCCUCCUCUACAGCCUGCUCAGGAUCCUUGUGCAAAGAAGUGCACCGAUCUCUGGGUAGCAUGCAAGACUACUCCUAAUGCCAACCAGUCCUUCUGCAGUGCUCAAUACGCCAGCUGCUUGGGAUUCACCCCUUUCAAGGAUAGCUUUAGUGUGCCUACUGCCUGUAUAACCACCAGUGUCAUAGCCUCAACCAGUAAGCCUACCACUACUAUCUGCUAUGACUGUGUAGGAGGAUACCCUAACGGCACUACAAACAAUCCUUAUCCUUCUUUUACUGCUGCUGCUGGGCGUGUUGAGCCUGCUAUAUUGAUAGCUGUUUUUUGUGCUGCUGCUCUUUUGUAA